CGGUACUUUGGGGAAGAAUACGGGAAAAAUCACAAACUCUUGAUCACUAAUUUCAAUCCCACUUAUCUUUUAAUCCAGAGUUCCGAUUGACGAGCCGUCAGCGGCCGCGCGUUCGUCUCGGAAUUCUCUACGAUGCCAACUAACCAAUUUGGUUUGAAUUAGUUCGCAGGAAUUAACGGGUUUUUGUUCAAUUGAGAUGAGAAAGGUAAGAACUUCAAACCUCUUGUUGAUUAGGGAAUUAGAAAGUUUGAAUGUUGAUUAUAGUGAUAUAUUGUGGAAUUAGAUUAAAUAAUGUUGAAUUGGAGUAUGUUGAUAAUGUUGAGAGCUUGAUUAUUGGACCUUGGUGGCUGAAAUUCGGUUUGGAGAGGCUUUGGGGCUGUGGAUUCUUGAGAGAUGGUGACCUUGAGAGGUGUCUUUGGGUUUUAAGAGGAAUCGGCCAUGCAUCAUUUUUGUUUCUCGUAUGUAAUAUAUAAUGUUUCGUGAAAACUUAGGCUAGAUGACCAUAGGAUAAGUUUGGGAUUCUUCCCAUGGAUAUUAUUGAGUUUGAGGUGUUGUCUCCCCCAUGUCAGUUUGGGAUUAUUCCCAUGGUUAGUCUUUGAGAUUAGGGAUGUGUGUACAGAGAAAAUAUCUACGGUUAGCUAUCAGGACAUGUUGGGCUGGCUAUGUAACCAACAAUUGAUAUCAACAUCCAUAGGGUAGACAUACAUCAUAUGCAUAUGUUUGUUUUGUUUGAUUAUGCUCUAAUUGGACUUGCCUUUGUGAAUUAUCAUGUUUAAUUGCCAUACUUGCUAUCUGCGUCAAUUGUACUCUACUUGUAUUUGUCUUUGCUGAUGACACUAUAUUAUUUUGUCCGCCGGAGGAGGAGACACUGAGGAACUAUAAGAGGCUUCUGAGGUGCUUCGAAAUGAUGUCUAGUUUGAGCAUUAAUUUUGAUAAGUCUAGCUUGAUACCAUUGAACUGCAGCUCGGAGUGGGUUAAUCGGAUGUGCCAGCUACUAGGUUGUCAAGAGGCAGCUCUACCGGUGAGAUACCUUGGCAUUAGCCUAGGAGCAAAUCCGCGAUUAGUUAAAACUUGGAAGCCGGUUCUAGAUAAGGUGGAAGAGAAACUCAGUUUAUGGAAAGCAAAGGUUCUUAACAAGGCUGGUAAACUGAGGAGGUUCUUUUGGGGGAAGGACGAUGGUAAACCUGGUAUGGCCCUUGUGAAGUGGGAGCUGAUCCAGGCACCAAAGAAGUUAAGAGGAUUGGGGGUGGGUGACGCGGUGAUCCGGAAUACAGCCUUACUGUUUAAAUGGUGGUGGCGGUUCUCUAAGGAGGAUUGCCCUCUAUGGAAGAAGAUCGUAUGCUCAUACAAUAGCUUGAACCCAAAUCACUUGCUGUCAACUCAGACAUUGGCGAAGAGAGGGGGUCCAUGGAGAGACAUAUGUCAAGUGCAAAUAAAAGAGCAACAUAUCAGGCAGAAGAUGAUUGAUGGGCUUGCUAUGGAAGUAGGAGACGGAAAAUCCACUAGAUUUUGGGAGGAUACAUGGCUGCAAGUGGGGAAGCUGAAAGACUCCUUUCCAAGACUCUUCUUGAUUUCAAACCAAAAAGGAUCAGUAAUUGGGAAGUGUGGGUUCUGGGAUGGGAUAGAGUGAGUUUGGCACUUCCAAUGGAGAAGAGAAUUACGACAAUGGGAGACUUACUAAUCAGAUGACAUGGACUUGUAUGUUAAUUUAAUUUAGAAGUUAUAUUAUAAAACCUUAAA